CCAGAAGCUGCCUGAAGGUGCCAGGCACAGGGCGAGCCAUGGCGGUCUUCAGGCGCUCGCCUCGGAUUCGGGGCGUUCUGGCUGCGAGCCUGCUGUUCCUUCUUGCUGCUUGUGGAAACUGCUCUCCUCCCCGCAUGAGUGUGGACCGAGUCGAGCAAAAGGAAGUUUCUGGUCGGAUGCCAACCAACGACACGACGACCGUACCGGGACCUUCGGGGAAGACCGAAGAGCCGCCGACCUCGAGAGCUCAAGCGCAGUGGGCGAAGUGGAACCUCGGCGGCCGUCUGCGUCAUAACGGAAGGAAGCAACAUGAAAAUUCAGUAACGAAAAUGUGGCGAAAAUGGGCCGUGAACUCGAAGCAGAACCACGAAAACGGGAACCAAGGCACACUGAAUGAAUCUAUGACAGAACGGACACAGACAGAGGCACCCCGGCAGACAACGGCAGGCCGCAAGUGGGCCAAAUGGAAUCUUGGUCCAAAAAAGGCUCUUACGGAAAGACAGCCACGACCCGAGACCAGGUGGCAGAAGUGGAACCUUCGCUCUGAGCAAAAGUAGGAUUCUGACUCGAACAAACCCGGAAAAGCACUGCCUUGGCAACAGCGAUUUCCUUAUGAAUGCGUUAACUGACAAAGGCAUUGAAGAAAAGCAAGUGUGAAACUGAAAAUCACAAAAUGCAAUCGCUGCUUCGGAAGCCUAGGAUAACCAAUUCACAGACAAUUCCCGAUUGCCUGUUUAGUUCAACCAUUUCUCCUUCCUUCUGAUUUCUGUUCUCUUAUAUGAUCAAAAGUACAAAACAGGGAAGCAUGAUUUUGAUAUUAAUUAAUUUCUUUUUAUGUGAAUUUGAUUAAUAUAUAGCAUUGAAAAUGACCUCAAAUAAUUCUUUACACUCAAGUUUCAGUAUGAUUAUGUUAAACCAAAUAGCUAAAGAAAAAUAAAAUGUUUCUUUUCACGUUAUA